AUGGUGGCUGAGUUCAGGCGACUGCACCAGUUUCUGGAAGAACAAGAGAAGCUUCUUCUGGCACAAAUGGAAAAACUAGAGAAGGAGAUUGCAGCCCAAAGGGAGGAGCAGCUGGCCAGACUCUCCAGGGAACUCUCCUCUCUUGACAGCCUCAUCCGGGAGAUGGAGGAGAAGCUUCAGGAACCAGCGACUGAACUCCUGCAGGUGAGGCCUCAUCCUGAUGUGAGAGGGUGGAGUGUGCUGCUUCAGACUACAAGCAUUCCUUAGUCCUUCCCCACAGAAAAAUAUCAUUGUAAAGAAAACAGUUGGUAUAUGAAGGGUGAAAGCUAUUGGCUCUGGAGUCACAAAAAAAGGGUCCUGCUGGAUCAAACUGCAAGCCCCUUCAGUUCAGCAUCCUCUUCUCUCAUUGGUCAACCAGAGGUGUCUGGGAAGCCCAUAAGCCAAUGGGGCUCUCCCCAUCUGUGAUUCCCAGAGGUAUAAGCUUGUAGUCAAUUAACCUUUACUCAGAGUAGACUGAUUGAAAUUAAUGGGGAUGGCUAUCUAAGGUUCUCUGUCAUCCCCCACGAGAUGGUUGGAUAGUGUUCUUGAAGCUACCAGCAUGAGUUUGACCAAACUGCGGGAGACAGUGGAAGACAGGAGUGCCUGGCGUGCUCUGGUCCAUGGGGUCACGAAGAGUCGGACACGACUAAACAACUAAACAGCAACACACUGAAAUUAAUGAACCUUAUAUGAACACUAUCCAACCAUCUCGUCCUCUGUCGUCCCCUUCCUUGUGCCCUCCAUCUUUCCCAACAUCAGGGUCUUUUCCAGGGAGUCUUCUCUUCUCAUGAGGUGGCCAAAGUAUUGGAGCCUCAGCUUCAGGAUCUGUCCUUCCAGUGAGCAUUCAGGGCUGAUUUCCUUCAGAAUGGAGAGGUUUGAUCUUCUUGUAGUCCAUGGGACUCUCAAGAGUCUCCUCCAGCACCAUAAUUCAAAAGCAUCAAUUCUUCGGCGAUCAGCCUUCUUUGUGGUCCAGCUCUCACUUCCAUACAUCACCACUGGGAAAACCAUAGCUUUUACUAUACGGACCUUUGUUGGCAAGGUGGUGUCUCUACUUUUUAAGAUGCUGUCUAGUUUUGUCAUUGCUUUUCUCCCAAGAAGCAGGCGUCUUUUAAUUUCGUGGCUGCUGUCACCAUCUGCAGUGAUCAUGGAACCCAAAAAAGUAAAAUCUCUCACUGCCUCCAUUUCUUCCCCUUCUAUUUGCCAGGAGGUGAUGGACCCAGUGGCCAUGAUCUUAGUUGAUGUUGAGCUUCAGACCAUAUUUUGCGCUCUCCUCUUUCACCCUCAUUAAAAGGUUCUUUAAUUCUUCCUCACUUUCUGCCAUCAAGGUUGUGUCAUCUGCAUAUCUGAGGUUGUUGAUAUUUCUUCCGGCAAUCUUAAUUCCGGCUAGGGAUUCAUCUAGCCCAGCCUUUCGCAUGAUGAAUUCUGCGUAUAAGUUAAAUAAGCAGGGAGACAAUAUACAGCCUUGUCGUACUCCUUUCCCAAUUUUGAACCAAUCAGUUGUUCCAUAUCCAGUUCUAACUGUAGCUUCUUGUCCCACAUAGAGAUUUCUCAGGAGACAGAUGAGGUGAUCAGGCACUCCCAUUUCUUUAAGAACUUGCCAUAGUUUGCUGUGGUCGACACAGUCAAAGGCUUUUGCAUAGUCAAUGAAGCAGAAGUAGAUGUCUUUCUGGAACUCUCUAGCUUUCUCCAUAAUCCAGCGCAUGUUUGCAAUUUGGUCUCUGGUUCCUCUGCCUCUUCUAAAUCCAGCUUGCACUUCUGGGAGUUCUCGGUCCACAUACUGCUUGAGCCUUCCUUGUAGAAUUUUAAGCAUAACCUUGCUAGUGUGUGAAAUGAGUGCAAUUGUGCGGUAGUUGGAGCAUUCUUUGGCACUGCCCUUCUUUGGGAUUGGGAUGUAGACUGAUCUUCUCCAGUCCUCUGGCCACUGCUGAGUUUUCCAAACUUGCUGGCAUAUUGAGUGUAGCACCUUAACAGCAUCAUCUUUUAAAAUUUUAAAUAGUUCAGCUGGAAUACCAUCACUUCCACUGGCCUUGUUAUUUGCAGUGCUUUCUAUUUUUUUUUUAUAAGAUAUUUAUUAAAAUUUUCAAAAUGUUACAAAAAGGAAAAACAAACAAAGUAGAAACAGAAGAAAAUACAAAAAGUAAGAAUAGUUAACAAAGUAGAAAAAAAGGGGAAAAAAACAAACCCCUUCCCACCAUAUAAGAAAAAAUUCAAAAUAAGAAAAAAAAUGACAAAAAAAAGAAAAAUACAAAAAUCCCAAACAUUUAAAAACAAAUUCAUUAUUUUCAGAUCCUUAACUGUCAUUACCUUCUUUCUUAGACCUCCUCCUCCUCCCUUUCUUUGUAUCCUAGUUAUUAAUUAUCCCAGCAAAUCCUUUCCAUGUUUCAUAAAAUUCUGUCAUUGCAUUACCCUAGACUAUUUUGAUCUUAUCUUUCUAUAAUAAAAUAAACCUUAAAACUUAAAACUUAAAUCUUAUCCUUACCAGCUUCUUAUAAUCAUAAUAUUCUUUCAUAAUUCUUUAAGCAUCUUUGCUAAAGCCAAGUAAUUUCAUUCCAACAUUUUUUUAUCAUUCAUCAAUUUUAUAUUUGCAGUGCUUUCUAAGGCCCAUUUGACUUCACUCUCCAGGAUGUCUGGCUCAAGGUCAACAGCCACACUACCUGGGGUGUACGAGCCAUCCAUAUCUUUCUGGUAUAAUUCCUCUGUGUAUUCUUGCCACCUCAGUGUAUCUGAGUAAAACUAGUUGAAUACAACUGAUACUGCCUCCCACACUUUGUGGCUAGUUUUCAUAACCCAACCUUCCAAACCCUUCCAAGUUGGUGAUCAUUACUGCAUCAAGCACAUGUUCCUUCAGGUGCUGUCCUGGGAUCUAUGACUGGAGUAUGAGAUGUACCUAGCAGUAAACAAAUUGGUCGCAGGUGAACAUGGAGCCGGCAUGCACUGCAGGGCAAAAUGGUAAACCAGGGUGAGAUUGAAUCUCUCAGCUAUUUGGACAACUUGGCCAAAAGGGAAGAAGGGGAGCAUUUAUUAGUCAUCACUGCAGUGAUCAGUGCAGAAAUGGCUCCACUGACAUCUUUCUUUCUUUCCCUCCAGGAUAUCGGAAGCUCCUUGCAGAGGUAAGUGAUGGAAAACCCCUGCCUUAUUCUGAUUCUAGGAAAGUUCCAGUUCAACAGGUGAGAAACUCGCUCUCCAGUUCCUCCUUCCAGAGAUAGCUUAGGACUCCAUCAUGCAUUUAACAAGAUCACAGUCAAAAACAGGGACACGUUUUCGUAGUCAUUUGUAUCUAUUGGUCCCAUCUACAAUCACAGACUGGAAGCCAUUCCCACUGCAUAUUUCUGAAGGCCCUUCUCUGUGACGGAUUCGUUUACUCUGCAAUUGAUACAAAAAGGGGGGGACACCCCAAAGGGGCUUGUAAAUAUCUUCACUAUAACUUACCCUUAAGUAUCCAGCGUUAUUUCUGGCUUCUGCAGGUUCUUCUUCAGACAUAAGAAAGGGCCCUGCUGGAUCAGGCCAUGGCCAUUAAGUCCAGCAUCCUGUUUUCACAGUGACUAACCAAAUGCCUGUGGGAAGCCCGUGAGCAGGAUCUGAGCCCCAGAGGACACUCCCCUCCUGUGGUUUCAGAGGCACCACUGCCUUUGACCCAGCCAUCAUGAAUAGUAGCCGCUGAGAGCCCUGUCCCCCAAACAACUGCAACAUAUUUUAAAAUCUUCCACGUUUAGAAAAUACAGUUUUAAUUUCUAAUAUUUUUUCCUUUUUUAAAUGUAACCGCUGGGCUAAAAAAUAAUUAUUAUUAUAUUCACUUGAAACGCUUCACUAAAAUUGGUGUAGUCCAAAUCUCUGCCUAAGACCCUUGUAUUGUUAAGUUUUCUUCAAAAAAAAAAAAUUUGCAUAUAUCAGCUUCUUUACCUUCAAUCUCAUAUUCCUAUAUUUCCUUCUGUAUAUUUUGGAAGCAGGUGUGUGUCGGUUUUCCUUCAUCUUGUUAGGUGCUCUCUAGAUGCUCCCUUUUGCCAUAGGAAAACCCUGCUCCCAAGUCUUCAUGAUAUAGCCAUCGUGCCUUUAUCAUCAGGAUGAGAUACCUGUCUUCUCAGAAAGCUCCCUGCGUUGGAAAGAUGGUGGCUUGACUUUGUUCUUCUCCUCCAGGUCUCAGGAGAAGGAGAACUUAGAGGAUCCUCCUGUGGCUUUUCCUCCUGCCCUGAAGUGGAGGAUCUGGGACUUCUGUGAUAUGAAUCUCUUCCUGGAGGAAGUCAUGAAGCAGUUCAAAGGUAAUGAAGAAAGGCAACAGGGAUUUUAUACUGAAUGUUUAAAAGUGUUUAUGAAAGGCUCCAGGUCAUACGUAAUAUUAGUAAUGCGGGGAAAAGUUUAUGUUUUUGUUUUAUUACAAUGUCCAGAGGCCACACUUUAAUAUACAGAUGACUCACAUCAUGCUGGUUUUACUUACACAAUCAAAACUUUUAUUCUACCAUAUGUGGUGGAUAUGUAGGAAAAUACAGGUAUUCUGGGAGAGUAUACAUGCAGAACUGCAAAAAAUGCUAAAGAUCUCUUUCAAUAAAAAACCAGAGGCCUACCUCCCGGGAAUAAUAGAUUUGGAUAUUCCACAAAAGAGGAAGGGUAUCUUUUUAUAUGCGAUGGCGGCAGCAAGAGUUUUAAUCGCAGCAAAAUGGAAGAGUAAUGAAAUCCCCUCUAUACAAGAUUGGAUUCAAAAGCUGACAGAAUAUGCCGAAUUAGAUGGUUUAUCAGAAAAAAUAAAGAAUAAAUCAAAACAGGAAUUUGUUUCAAAAUGGGAGGUUUUCAAAGAAUAUAUGAAAAAUAAAUAUAAUAGUUUAAAUUCGAGGAACUUCAGUAAUAGUUGCAAGGUAGAUAUAAGAAAUUAGAUUUAUUAAGAAUAAGUUUAAUUAUGAUAAAAGUGUGUAUUGGCAAUAAGUAAUAUGAAUUUGAAAUAUGGAAUAGACGGGAGGUUGGGUCUUUAGUGUUAAGACCAAUAGAUGUUUUAUUAUUUGCUAAGAAAAUUAUGUGUCUAUGGUUACUCUUGUGUGCAAUUUGGUAUUUGUGUUCUUUUUCUUUUUUCUUGUUGUAUCAAUAAACGUUAUUUAAAAAACAAAACAAACAAAAAAAACUUUUAUGUGGAUUGCAGAUAAAUAAACAGAAAGCAAGCAGGAAGCCCUCAUUGGCUGGGAUCUGGAGGCUCUCAUGAGAAAAAGCGCUUUUAAUCCCUACACGGAAUUUGCUUUUAAGCCAUCCUCCUUGCUUACUGGGCUUUGAGAUGCUCCUGCGAGGUCUCGCAGGGCUGUCCGAGAUCUCAGAUGGCAGGGGCAAUUCCAGGGGUCAUUCUGACAUUACACAACUUUAUGCACAAUCCCCAGGAAAGUAACCCUCACGUAUGUUCUCUGUAGAAAGUUGUAUUUUACUGCUUCACAUCUCUCUCGCCAGGCCUUACACUCCUCACCCAUUUCACACUCCUCACCCAUUUCCCAGGUAGCCUCACCUACAGCCUCUCAGGCGUCUCCUCGGUUCCUUUGGCCCUGAGAUUGAUGUGAAGGAGGCGGUGGGGGGGCUGUCAAAAAGCCAUCUGGGAUCAGAGGGAACUGGGGAUGAGAUCUCCAGUCCUGGAAGAGAUCUUACAUCUCAAGGUUGAUACUGACGGGGAGGUCUCUUGGAGGUCCUGCUCUUCUUCUUAGGUCUGAGCAGCCCUAGAACUUGGACAUUGUCCUUGCCCUGGCUUAUGCAGGGAUGGCCAUUGUGGUAUCUUCCAGACAUUUUCAGCUGCAACUCUCCUAAGCUCCAACUGGUGUGGCUGGUGGUUCGGACUGAUGGGUUGGCACCACAUCUACAAUCUCAGGAGCUCAUAUUGUUGUUACCAGAUUUGUUCUCUGGAUGGUGGUGUGAUGCUAAAUCUCUCUUCCCUUUUCUCCUCCAGACACUCUGGACUCUGGACUUCAGCUGCAUCAAGGUAAAUUUCAGGAUCUAAAGGAGGCACAGUUUCAGGAGAGAGGUGUGUGA